AGGUAGCUGUGUGAAGGUGGGAGAAGUGAAACAGUAGAAUUGAAGAAAAUAACCUAUUUUGUCAUUUUUCAUUAUUUAAAAUUUUUACAAGGAUCAAGGAUAGAAUGAACUAUAUGAACUGAUGUAGAUGUAUUCUUAUUUCUUAAUUCUCUAGAAUAUGUCUAGAAUGGAAUCAGUGGAACAGGGGGAUUCUAAGUUUAUCACAUCCGGCAAAGAAAAAUUUUUGUACUACAAUACAUUAGCAAUUAUUGUAAAAGCUUUAGAAGGUUCAUAUACCCUUAUAGACUUGAGGAAUGAGAACACUGUUUCUGGAAAGAUAGCCAGAGUUGAUGGCUGGAUGAAUAUAGAAAUGGAAGAUGUUGUAUUUUAUGACUCAAGAGGAACCAAACAUGGAUUUUCCCAGUUUUUUGUAUGUAAGAGGAACAUUCGUUAUGUCCAUAUUCCCAAAGGCAUUUCAACAACUGACCUCAUUGAAAAACAAUUGAAUAAACUGAGCCACAGGCCUAAACACAAGAAGCCACACACCUUCAAAAAAAGCAGGGCAAAUCGCUAUCAACAAGAAACUGUAAAUUCAUUGUUCAGUGUGAGAGCACCAAAACAAACAGCCAAUUGAAUAUUCAUCUGUAUUUAUGGCAAAACAUGUCUUAAAUAUUUUUCAUGAAAUUGUUAUCCUCCUCAAUAAAAUGUAUGAUCAUAUUUUGUCAUUUAAUAUUAGUUACAACCACACUACAAAUACAAGCAAUCUCCAUUGUACUGACAUCUUAUAAGCUAUAAGCCAAGUAAUUAAAUUUUGCAAGUUCUGAUACAUUUAUGAAUAAACAAUCAGAAAAGCUUUAUCAUAUUAAAAUAGUUACUUAUUAUUCAAGUGAAAAAAGUAGAUUUUAGAUCAAGGUAUUGUGUGCAGAGACAGACAAAAAACCAUGAGCUAAAAUUUAAUAUUGUUCCCAAUACACAACUUUUUUCCGACAGAAAAAGGGCGAAUCAAUAUCGAGAUCUUAUGAUCUGAUACUUAUAGACGUGAAAUUUGAAGUUUCUAACAGGAAUUAUACCU